AUGGCGGUUAUAAGACACAAAAGGGCUGACAUGGACACCUAUUCCAGUCUGGUAAAGGAGGAAAAAUCAUACGAAAAAGAGGCAAAAGAACAAGAAGAAAGGGUAGCCAAAUAUGAAUCAGAAGGAAAGGAAUCGUGGGAGAUUUCACAACAGAAAAAGGUGCUACAAGAUUGCAGGCAGAUGAUACCUGAUUGUCAAAAACGUCUACAGUCAGCCGUUGAAGAUUUACAAGGCAUUCUUGAGGGAUUGGAGGGCGAAGAAUUGACUUCAUCUGAUGAAGCAAAGGCAGCCAAAGAGGCUUUAAACUCAGCAUCGACGUCAACCUCUUAA